ACGAAAAUUCGAGCGGACAAAGCAAGUCGCGCGCUUCCUUUCCUCGACGUUCUUCGCUUUUCUUUUAUAGAGAUUUUCAUUCAACGGGAAGACGUUUUCUCUAGCUUUACCUUUCUCCUUGGACGAUUAUCUUUUUGCUUAGAUGCGCUAAUUCGAAAUAGUAUAAACCGAUCGAUCUUGAGAGUUCGAUUCGAAGGUGGAAACGAGGUCGGCUUAUCACCGAUCGCUCAAAUAUUUUUUCAAAUCGUAUCACCGCGCGUGUAGCGUACGACGAGAGACGAUUAAAUAACCAAAUAGGUAACUACGACGAUUAUUUUAACCGGUCGAUCGAGGGAAGAGGAACGUUUGAAGAAUCUCGAUCUUCUCUAUCGGAAGAAGCGACGAAGGGUACGUAGAUACGCGUUGCCGAAGAACCUUUGUUUUCGAGUUCCUUCGCUUCUACUCGAACACGGAUAGUCUCUAUCGAGGACAGAUAACAGUUUCUACUCGUGUUUCCUCGGUUCCGUUUCCCAACGAACGCUCUUGUCACCUAUUAUAGAGUUAACGCUUCGCUCUUGUUCGAAGGUAAACGGAAGCAGGAAGUCGUUCCUGACGAUUUGACGAUCUCUGGAGGUCGUCCGACAUAUUUUUGUUAGCGGUGCUUGGCCAUGAAAUGGCUAGCCAUAAACCGAGAAAGAUCGAGGAAACGUGACCGAUUCAUCGACCGUUUUAAAGACGACGCUCGACGCUCGUUUCUCGAGGUCGUUGAAACGGAGCGUCGUUGCUCGCCUUCCUACGCCUUGCUCUUUGCGGCUAACUUUUUCCUCGAACGAUAUCGUUUCAAUUUCCUUCCUAGCGAAUUCCUCCUAGACUGCUAGUCUCCUGGUGCCGACAACACGUUCUCGAUAUGAUUUUAACGGUUGUUGCAUCGAGACGAUUGGCUCCUAGAAAGUUACGUAGAGUCGUGCAACGUGGUAUGUAAAAAGCGUAACGCUAUUCGCAUAAGGUACUUGGUAGGUUCGAGCGCGAUCGAUUCCAAACGAAACUAGGUCUAUCUUAAAUACGUAUUCAUUUUGAAAUAAGAUUUAUUAUUAUCAUAGAAAGAGCACGAAUUUUUGGACGAUAAACGAUCGAAAAUGCAAGACCGUCGAAACGGUCCUCGUGUCAUCGUAGAUACUUUUCGCGAUUAAAAGCAUAGCCAUGCCUGCACGUACGAAGAAAUUUACGAGCUAAAAAACGAAUUCGAUUCGUCUUCGUUCCUCUCUCUCUCCUAGUGUAACUUUAUCUUCAGGGUAUUACAUCAUGCAGUUUCGUGAGUUGUCAAUGAUUACAAUAAUAUAUGCUCGUCGCCGUCCAAAGACGCUCAGUCUCGAAUUAUCGUCGAUGGUGUAACGUUCUCGUAGAGAUAAUACUCGCGAGAGAAAUUUUCGUAAGCAGGCUACUCGACGCACAUACGUACAGAUCGUUUGGCGAAAGAGACAGAUCGAUAGACGCUCCGCGUUAUGGAAAAUAUCUUCCAAGCUGCGUCAAAACGUAGCGAGUCAAAGCCUUACCUUCGAGAAAGCGACCGACUACGGACGAGAUAACCAAGUAACUCGUUCUCUCCACGAAGAUCUCACUCCGUCCAAGGACCCAACCGGGAUACACGCAAGGCACCGUAACGACGACCGCGUGGGUCCGAGCACAACCGACGUACACGCAUACGUGUAUUCCUACCUUCUUUUACACUUACACGCGUACGCGUUGACGCAUGUACGCGCGCACACGCACUUGUGUCUUGUGCGUACGUAUACGCGCAUGAAAGUGGACGCGUGCAUACGUAGAUCGCGUACCUACACGAAUGUAUAAAUGUACAUACAUUAUCUACGCGACGUACCUCGAAGAAACUAGAGCUUAACGGUAUUAACAUUAGUCGUCGUUUAACAAACGCGUACGUUCGAUAAAGACUCUCCUAUACCGUACAACAAUAACGGUCGCGCACCGUGCCAACUCGGAAAAGUUUCGUCGCUUCCGCGUUCGGUGUUCGACGAGUUAAAAGUGUGUUCAAGAGGAUUAAUCCGACAAACGAUACGCUUUUCUUUCCCUUCGACGACAAUACCCGGGCCAAGCUCGAAGAAGAAAACUCGCGGAUCUCUCACCGAGCGAGCGGAGAAAGAAGGAAACGAAAAGGAAGGAAAUUUUGGGGGGGGGGGGGUGGCUGUACGCGCGAGUAGCGGAGAGAAAUCGUUAAAUACGGAUAGCCAACAAUAUGAGAGUAGCGGCCACGAGGCAGCAUCCUCUACAGACGACACGUAUUUCCAACAAUGGAAAGUUCCUGGUCAAUACGAAUAAUCAAGAGGUGCAACCUCCGCAGCAUCGGCAGCAGCAGCAGCAGCAGCAGCAGCAGCUGUUGCUCCAGCAACAAUCGCAAAUAUCUCAGCACCACCAUCGCCAUCAUCAUCAUCAUCGUUAUAGGCAGCAUCCGUAUCAGCAACAUCAUCAACGACAACAAGCGGCAGCGGCUGCGUUGGCUGCGGCGGCGGCGGCGGCGACGGCGGCGGCGGCGGCGGCAGCGGCAAACGGCGACGAGAAUACGACCGCGGUCGUUCCGCUCGUCGGAUUCUCGAGCUGCGAGCCAACGGCACGGAACGUCGAGCAUCACGGACCAACCAUUCUCGGGGAUAGAUUCGUUCUUCUUGGUCCGGCGGAAGGCAGUGCCCUUUACAGAUGCGUCGACGUACAAACCGGUCAACAGCUUGUCGCCAAGGCGCUGAGUCAAGGCGAUAAAGGAUGCGAAGCCUUGCUGCAAGCACAUCUUCGAUUGGAAGGAACGGACGCGGCUAGUGGACUCGCUGGAAUCGUCGAAGGCAGCGGUGGUCGCCGUUAUCUCCUUUUGGAGGGCCAUCACGGAGAUUUGCACGCUUACGUUAGAGCACGCAGGAGAUUGCGCGAGCCCGAAGCGAGACGACUCUUCCGGCAAGCGGCCAAGGCCGUUGCCACGUGUCACGAGUACGGCGUCGUCCUCAGGGACCUCAAACUUAGGAAGUUUGUCUUUGCCGACGAAGCCAAAACGCAGCUACGAUUGGAGAGCCUGGAAGAUGCGGUGAUCGUGGAUAAGGAGGACGACAAGUUGACCGAUCGUCGAGGUUGUCCAGCUUACGUCGCGCCGGAAGUUCUCCGAUCGGGAAGAGCUUAUUCCGGAAAGGCAGCGGACAUUUGGUCGCUCGGCGUUCUCCUCUAUACGAUGCUGGUCGGCCGUUAUCCGUUCAACGACGCGGAACACGCUUCGCUCUUUGCGAAAAUUUCGCGAGGGCAAUUUGCCGUACCGGAGUGUCUCAGUCCGCGCGCAAGGUGUCUCAUUCGAUCCUUGUUAAGAAAGGAACCGUCGGAGAGACCGGACGCCGAGGACGUACCGCUUCAUCCUUGGCUCUCGAAACCUCUCCGUCUUUCUUCGCCCUCGCCCUCGCCCUCGCCCUCGCCCUCGUCCUCCUCGUCGUCCGCGACCUCGUCCUCGUCGUCGUCCUUUUUAUCGUCCUCGUCCACCUUGUCCUACUCUUCCUCCUCUUUCCCUUCGGGGAGAUCCGCUUCUCAGGACCAGAUCGUACCGGAGCUCGUUAACGAUCCUCGACAAGACUGACUCUUCGAAGAAGAGACGAUUAUUAUCCUUUAUUCCGCGCGUUAAUAGCGCCAGCUCUACGUCUUAUUUUUAAAAAGAACAAUCUUUGAACUAAGGAAAGAAAGACAUGCAUAUUAUUUUGAAAAAAAAAGAAAAAAGAAAAAAAAGAAUAUAUAUACGUAUGUAUAUACAUAUGUACGUACGUACGUAUGUAUAUAACAAAAAAGAUCGCGCGAAGAUCCGAGGAUCGAUCGUCGUCGUCGUCGUCGUCGUCGUCGUCGUCGUCUCUUUACACACAGAGGCUACCGAUCCGUUCUUUACGUUGUAUAAUAUAUGUAUAUUUCGUGUCAUCCGCGUCUUGUAUUCGUCCUCGUGUACCAUCUCCUUUCGCUCGUCCAUCCUUUCUACGACAAGAAGCUUUCGCGUGCGACCUCUCGAAUGUUAAGAACGGGAAGGAACGACGGACGCGUUUCUCCUACGCCCGCGAUACGAUCGAAGUGGAAAUCGACACGUAUUUUCGAAGAAAGAAAAGCGCGUUCGACGUCGUCGGUAACGAAACAUCCUAGCGAAAUAUUUUUUACGAAAGGAUCUCUACGUCUUUCGAAUCCUUUCGAUCGUAUCUCGUAUGGCUUCUCUGCUCGUAAGAGAGAUGGACGAGGACGCAAAAGUCGAUUAAAACCUUAGAUAUUAGAGAUACGUUGUCGUCGUUGCGUAUCGGCUUUGCGAUCUAAAAGCGCAAUUCGUUAGUACGAGUUAUUUCGAUCAUAGUAUAUCGAUCAUAGUUCAGGGUAUUCGAACGGUUUCGACGGUUCGAUAAAGUUACGAGGCUUGUGCGAAAGCGACACUAAUUUAUUAGGAGAUGAACCGAGAAUCGGCUUUUUGAAAAAAGAAAAGAAAAGAAGCAAAGUUCCCAAAGGAUCGGAGAGCGUGACGCGUGAGAGAUGUUCGGAGACCGAUUCGACGUUUGGAAAGUACCAAGUGUUCUUCUAUUUGAUACCUUAAAAAAAAAAGAAUCAAUCAUUUUGUAUAACGUCUCUAGGAGAGUAAGGCUAAAACUAAAAAGAAAAAAAGAAAAAAGCAGAAAAAAAAACAAAAAACAAACUCGCUAGAUCGAUGAAGGCUGUCUCCCUCUCCUUUUCUCAUUGAUUUUCUCCAACGAUAUCUCGUCGAUCCACUCCUCGUCUUUUAAGCGCGCAUUCGUACACGUCAAAAAGAAAAUUCCUCGUUUGUCAUUUUAGUCAGGGUACAACGAUGCGAGACCGUAGGCACACCUUCGUGAACGGUCUAUAUUGUAUAUAAUUUCGAUCGACGAAAUCCUACCGAGUUAAAGGAAGACAAACGAAUAACUUUAAUUAGGAAGAAUAACGACGUUUCUGUACAUAGGCGAAAUAAAGUGAUGUUUACGACACGAUCGUACCUACCUAAGUCA